AUGCAGAGAAGAGUAGUUAAAAGUGAAAGCCCUGUGGUUGAAAACUCCUUCCGACGAAAGCAGUUGACAAGGAGAUCCCAUGCAGCUUUUACAUGGGUGUUUGUAAACAUCGUCCUGGCGACCACGUUGUUCGCGGAGUUGUGAGUAUUAUUAGCUACACUGUGGUACCAUAUCAUAAUUAUUAUAUAAGCUUAGGCUUAACUGCGCUAAGACGUGUGUACUGAAUACCGGUUGUUGCUUUGUUUCACUUUUAUCAGCUGCUUUGAUUGCCUGACGGGCAGUGUAAGAUUGUAUCUUAGAUAACGCCGAAUGGCCGCAGAACGCGGAACGACUCUCUGAAGUAGGGUUAGGAAACUGAGUGAAUCAGGGCCCAGUGAGUUGUUCGAAGGCCGAUUAGCUAGAGCUUGACCUGGGGUUAAAUUUAAUCCGGGUUUCAUUUUGUUUUGUUCAAAAGCAUUUUCUCGGAUAAUUUUCUCUGUUAUUUUUAAAGCUUCCAAUAUUCAACUUCUAGACAAGAAAAAUUAAAACUGAAAUUAUUGUUAAGCUUUCAUACAUUUAUGCGUCUGGGCCGAGUUGUUCAAAGCUGGAUUAAGAUAACCCAGGGUUAGUGCGAGAUUUGAAUUCAGAUUUGAAACCUUAAAAAGCUUUUCAGUUUCAAUUCUUUUUGUCUACAAGUUGAUGAUUGGAAGCUCUAAAAAUAACAGAGAAAAUUAUCCGAAAAUUAUCCACUUUUGAGCAAAAGAAAAAGGAACCCGAGUUGAAUUUAACCCCGGGUUAAGCGCUAAUUGUCCUUUGAACAACUGGGUCCUGAAUGUACAUCUUGCACUUACCGUGGGUUAUCUUAACCCAGUUUUAAACAACUCGGCCCAGGUUUAUUUGAGGGUCAGUUUGCCCAGUAUAAUGACCCCAUGUAGCAAUGGCUUAGCCAGGGGAGAGUUGCAGGGGUCGCGGAACCCCUUCUCCUUUUUUUUGUGCCACGGUACUAGCUAUAAUUUCAAGAGGAAUGAGAGUUUUGCUGUUAAAGAAAAUGAAAAGAAAAUCAAUUGAAAAAGCAUUGGGCAAUUCUACCCGAGACAAUGAAAUUUUGAAUUUUUUAAAAUAAAAUUUUGCGCAAUGAAAGUUAUACCAACAGAAAGUUGAGACAAUGGGGUGUUUGAAAUUACUGAGAUGUUGUGCAUCUUGUCCAUGUGCUUAAUGUGAGAAGGUAUGAAAUCCGGAGAAUUUGAAUCUCAUUGUAUUUGGAAUUUUUGGAAGGAAAUUUUAAACAAAGUUUUUACAUCUAAGAAAACAUGACAAAAGUAUGUGUGUAUAACCUUUGCCUUACACUAUCAUUAGGCCAUAAAUUAUCAUAUCCAGCUACUUGCACUUUCCUGAGAAAAUAGACAUUGAAUUUGUGUUGUGGACAUUACAUAAUGUCCACAACAUUAAGGUAUCUUUUUUCAGUUCCUCUACACAGUUCACUGUAUUUUCAUGUGUUAUUGAUGCGGCUCAGCUAGUCUGAUGUAUACUCUAUUUUAAUCUCAAAAUAUUUCCUGGGUCUGCUUUCUCUGCUCAGAAAUUAUAAGUUGAAAAGUGUUGCAGACAUUACGUUGUGGACAUUACACAUUGGUUUUAUGGACUUCCUACAACUUAGAAUCCUCUUUCAACUUUUUUCUUAAUUUUCUUGACCUUUCAGUGCUUGUCUUAGGCAUUGCAAUUGACCUUCUUUACAAUCAACUAAAAUGAAUUUUUAUUUAGAGGAUUGGAAAAGGAGAAAUUGAGUAGCUGGUCAGGGGUUUUGUACUGUUGAGCAUGCCUAGAACUGUUUGUAAGUAUGCUUUUUGAGGAAAACAACUGUUCAUCAUUGUAUCUUCUGAUUUUCUACUCACACUUGAAUGAGUAUUAUUUUUUAAGUAGAAUUUGUAAUGUAAUAAUCUUUGUAAAAUUUGUAAUGUAAUGUGCAAUUUUAGUGCAAAUUUACAUUUUAUCUGUAUUUAAGUGAGACUGAAUGACAAGAAAUGAUAAUUUCAGUUAAGCUAAAUCAGUUUCAGAAAAAACAAAAUAAUCUCCUCACUACUGAGUUUUUUUUUUCUCACAACAUUUACUUGGGAUGCACUAAAAUUAAUUUUGAAAUCAUUUUAAGGAGUCAGUAUACCAGAAAAAAAUCUGAGUGGUAUUGCAUGAUACUAGGUCAGCUGGAGAUUAUAUAACAUUAUAAUAGGAUGUAUUAAAUAAAGUAAAUAAUAAUUUCACAGCUUCAUUUUUAGACAAGUAACUACAGAAAAAAUUGACAUAGCCACAGUGAACGACACUGACUAAAAAGUGGAUGAUAAAAAAUGUGUUCCCAAAAAUGUAAUGUCCGCAACAUUUUUGUGUAAUGUCCGCAACACAAACUUUUGUUUGUAGAAUCAUUGGAACGAAGUUGCAUGGAAUUUUUUUUCGAUGGUUAAAAAAAUUAAUUAUUGCCAUGUUUUGAAGGCACGAUUAUUUUCUGCUCAAGGUUAAAAAUUCACAAGAAAAUAUCUGUGAAGAAAGUUACUUUAAAAAGUGGUUGUUUAAAAAUGUAACGUCCGAAACACUGUUUUGUCAACUCAUAUCUUCAAUGUUGUGAGAGCUCACUAAAACAUCUUUUUAUUAGGUACAAAGGGAAUACUUAAAAGUUACUCUCUAGAUAUGGUUGAACUUCCUUGUUGAACAUUUUGACAUUUAAAUUGGGGUUUAAAAAUAAUGUUAAUUUUAGUAUCUGAAUGUAAUGUCCGCAACAUGGAAUCACCCAUUACGUUCUUUUUCAAGGGUUUUGAACCUCGCCUUAUGGCCACCUUGGUAAUACGGUCACCUCGAUAUUAUGGCCACUUUUUUCGGCCCGGCAAAACAGCCAUACAUUAUCUUUCUUAUUAAAAAACCCUGUUAAUAGGCUCCCCCAUUAAUAAGGUCAACAGCCACAUUUUAAAAUGCCGAACACCAGAAUCUUAAUUUCAUUCCGUUAAUACGGCUACUCGUACCAAAUCUAGACAAUUGCCUGUGACAUCGUAGUAAGCAGGUUCUAUUCUUGCAUCGCUUCUAUAGACUACAGUACACUAAGAAUGCAAUUUCUGGUGGUUUUUAGCUGAUUUUUAGAGGUGUUUUAUACACUGAAGGAAAGUUUCAAGUAGUUUUUACAAUUACUGUAUGCGAUAUCUACUUAUUCUGGUUGAUUAUUCGACAGAACAGUUGUUCAAGAAGUGUGAAUUUGAUGUAUGGUGUAUUUGUCAUUAAAGCCCUCAAGUCAUGAAAUUUGAGCCUGCCCUGGUAAUACUGUCACCUGUUAAUAGUCUUAACACGGCCAAAUUUUUUUGGCCGAUUGGUGACUGUAUUAACAGGGUUCCACUGUACUAUGAGGAAGAUCAUACGAGGCCCCCGUGUAUACAAUCCUGCAAUGUGGGAUUCAGGGCCUUUGUUGGUCUCGAUUGAUUUUAAUUGCAUGUUGUAAUGGUUUGACUGUGAGAGAGUUUAAUACAAACUCGGUAGGGGCAGAAGGAUAGUGUAAAUGGUCAUAAAAGUGAGAAGGUAGAAUGAAGUCAGCAGUGAUGUUUGCAAAUCAGUGUGAGGAAAUUGUCUGAAACUGGGACACUAACAUUAACAGCACAGCAAACUGCCUAAUACAUGCAGCAUUAAAUUAUUAAUUCAUCAUAUACCACCCAGUUUACCAUGAUGCAGUGCCUUUUCCUUACAUAAAAGCAACUCAGUAUCAGGCUCAGAAAGCGAGACAUCGAUGACCCUGAAUUUUCAUGUGGCUGCUUUUCCGUUUGCGGCACAAGACCUUUCUAGUAAUGCAGCUGAGGGCUUAGCCUUAGUCUUUCCAAACUUAUUCAAGUUGCUGUGUAUUUCAAGUACGUUACAAAUUACAUCAGCAGAACUCGAUCGAUGGCAUAGCAUAUUGCGCAGACUUAAAAAGUACUUGGCAGCGACCAUGACUAAAGAGUGAGAGUCUGCUGCACUUGCUCUGGUGAACAUCCAUUACAUCAUGCAAAUUGGCAUCACACAAGUCCAACAAUAAUUGUCACCUUUGCACAGAAGUAUCCAUUAAGUCUCCUUUUUGCUUAUAUUCUAACUGAUGAAAGGGCAAAUCACAAGACUACAGAGUGUGUUUUAGUGUAUUCGAAAACUAUCACCAAGUGCAUUUUCAGUCUUUCAUACUAUUUGUUUAUUGAAAGCGAAAAAAUGCCGUUGUCGCCGUUGUCGCUGUUCUCACCGUUGUCACCAUUGUCGCUGUUGUCACUUUUGUCAGCGUUGUCGCUGUUGUUGCUGUUGUCACCAUGGGCGCUGCUUUCCUCGUUACCGUUGUCGCUGUUGUCAGUGUUGUUGCCAUUGUCGCUGUUGUAUUUGUUGUCACCGUUGUCACUGUUGUCACCGUUGUCAUCGUUGUCACCGUUGUCACCAUUGUCACCGUUGUCACCGUUGUCACCGUUGUAACCGUUGUCACCGUUGUCACUGCUGUCACUGUUGUCACUGUUGUCACCGUUGUCACCGUUGUCACCGUUGUCACCGUUGUCAUUGUUCUCACGGUUGUCAUCGUUGUCACCAUUGUCACUGUUGUCACUGUUGUCACCCUUGUCAUCGUUGUCACCAUUGUCAUCGUUGUCCCUGUUGUCACCGUUGUCACCGUUGUCACCGUUGUCAUUGUUGUCACAGUUGUCACUGUUGUCACCGUUGUCAUCGUUGUCACUGUUGUCGCUGUUGUCACCGUUGUCACUGUUGUCACUGUUGUCACUGUUGUGACUCUUGUCACUGUUGUCGCUGCUGUCACUGGCUGGGUUUUUUUCUAUUUUCUUUUUUUUUUUUUUUUUUUUUGUAUUUGCUAAUGAACAUGUAAUACAAUUUUGCAUAUGCUCUGUGUAAUGGCUGUAAAUAAUAUUUGUUUAAAUUCUUAGUAAUGCAUGUGGUAUAUUAUUGUUGUUUUGUCUUCAGUAAAUAAUUUAAAAAUGAGUGUACUGGGCAGUGGCUUACAGUGCAUUGUUGUGUUGAUGUUGAGAAUGAUGAAU